AACUGCUAAAACAGCUGUUUUGAUGAAAUGCAUUUCUAAAUGCAUAUAAAACAAAUUUAUAAAAAUUGCGUUUACAUUGCUUAAGAAAAAAGAAAAUUUCAAUUUAAAUAAGUGCAUGUUCAUAAAAUUCAUCCAGCAAAAUAAAGAAAAAAACAUAUGUGUCAUAACUAACAAGUGCAGUUUUAUUAAAAAAUCUACAAAAUUUUGUAUUAAAUCACAUAUUAAACCUUAUCUACAAUGGAUACCGAAAUCCUGUCUCAAGCUGUGGAUAAAUCGCAAAUGCCACCAUUGCAUCAAAAACGCGUUUUGGCAUUUAUUAAUCACUUUAUAAUAAAUUCAUGCAAUUUCCUCAAUGACUUCGCCUUGAAGUGCGAAAGUAAAUUUGUGGACUUGGAAAGAAAAAUGCAAAAAGUUGAAGCUGCAUUAACAAUAAUAGAAGCAAAGUUAGCAUCUGUGCCGGAUGUUACAGACACCACAGCAACUCCCACUGCCAGCAAUACUGCAACAGAAAAAGUUACAUCUGAUGCCGCAGAAAAGACUGAAAAUAAACCAGUCGGAGGAGAGACGACAACCACUGAUAAUGCUUCGGAUGUGCCUGAGCCAACGGUAAAUGCAACUCCGGAACCUACAGGUGUGCGCGCUUGUGAAGAUGUGCGUUUUAAAAAGUUUUUCAAAAUGGUGCAAUUCGGUGUGCCUGCCGGAGCGGUAAAAAUUAAAAUGCAAGCAGAGGGUGUUGAACCAAGCAUAUUGGACAAUCCCAAUUUAUUGUUAACAGAUGGUGUAACAGAAUGAAUGCGAUUUAAUGCGUAUUUUGAAAAUACACAAAUACCGAUUUUCGAGACAGUAGGACAAGGCAAAUGUGAAAUCUUUGGACGAACUGCUUGCAUCCACCAUUUAUGUGAUAUGAAAAUUGUAUAAAAAAAUACAUAAAAAUAAUUUAAGUAAAAUAAAAGACGAACUGUAA